GCCGUUUAACUGUGUAAUAUAGAUGUAGAUUUAUGUCUUGUCUUUACUGAUAGUACUGUUUAGAAUUGAAAAGAAAUAAUUAUAACACUAUUAAUUAACAGAUCCACGACCUGUGAUAAUUUUGUUUUUUCUCUAGUAAAUACUUAUACUGUAGGCAGUGGCGUAGCAAGGUACCGCGGCAAUGGGUUUAAAAAUACGGUGUAAAUUUUGUGUGACGGAAACCAGUUCGAGCCAUGCUGUGUCAUAAUGUAUAAAUAAUGGCACCUCCUGAUAGACAAAUAGAUAAAUAUUCUCGCAACAUGCCUAACGGGCAUGCAGGGCACACCAGACAAAGUUCACAUGCAGAUUUCAGAGGUAAUCCAGCAGCUAACAAACAGGUGUCUCACUACCAAAGAAAUAGUAUGCAGGUGUAUCCGGCAAAAGCAGUUGUCCAACAGAAACCAAAAGCCCCGGUUGACGUUGAGGUUUACAGUCCAAGAGUUUAUCAGAACGCCAAUGCUCUUGAGAAAUACCAGACACAAGAGAAGCGUCAUGUCCGCCAAGGCAAACACGCCGCGGCAGUCGAUCAACUCUUUGAGAAUGAUCUACACAAUGUCCAUUACACUAAACCUCAACACGCCACGGGCAAGAACGGCCUAGAGGUAUUGCCCAACGGAAUGUCUGCUGAACACCAAGCUACUUCAGACCAAAGAUACAUUCGGCGGUAUUUGAAUCUCAAAGUCCACUAUGAUGAGCCCCGUGCACGUCCUUCGAGUGCUGUAGAGUAUGAUGCCAGCACUCUGCAUACUUCCUUCGACCCAAUGAAAGACAGGCACUUGUGGACCAUGUGGAGAACUGCCGUCAACGGACGAAUUGUAGACGAGGUCAGAAAACUAGAACGCAUCAAAUCGGAAAGAGGUUCGGAAGCCUCAAAUCACUUAGAUUCUUCUAACCCAGGGGUCUACGGUAAAGCAAUCGUGGCGCCGCCCCUGAAACGAUUCAUUAAACUCGAUGAACAUAACAGAGAAGCGGCGCAACAUUUUCAGAACUUAGGUCAAGGUCGAUUAGAAACUGAUCAAUUUGUUUACUACGGUCUCCCUAGAGUCUACAUAACCCCAUCAAGAGAUACGCCUCGUUGAUGGCUGCAGAAUGUUUAGUGCACAUUGCUUGGAUUGUUGUUGAUUCCAUCAAGUUAUACUCCCUUUUGAUGUCUACCGAACAUUUAUUGUAUGCUUAAAAGAUUAUAGGCAUUUCAUAUAUAAAAUGUGUGUGCCAAAUAAUAGAAUCUAAACACUAAAAUUAUUUGAGCCCUUUCAACAUAGCAUGAUAGAAUGGUCACUUCUACAGACUUACUAUUUAUCUUGUUGCGUUGAACAGUACUAAAUCUACUAUUCAAGUACAAAUGUAUAUAUAAAAUAACCCGAAAGUGGAUCCUUCAAAUAUAGGCUUUGACAUUGAUGUGUUGUGUCUCUUUUUCCGUACCGGUAAGUGAAACUCGUAUCUUCUCUAGUACUCAGUACACUGCAGAACUCUUCAGCACAAAGUACUCUAUACUCCACAGUGCUCUGUAAGAAGCUAGUCACUUUGAGCUCUCCUCGGCAUUGUUCUCUUAGGAUUCACUUUGCCUUCUAAUGGUUUGAGAUCAUGCUCGAACUAGCAGAGAUGACAGAGGAUUGUCUGGAUCCUUCAUGGAAAGUCUAAGAAAUGAUAUUUGCUUAUUGCCAGCUGGCUUCUGUUGUUACAGAUAACAUUUUUCAAAAUCCUCAAAGGAAUCACAAGUGAUCACAGCCUAACGAAGACUUCAAAACUGAGGUCAGGUCUGAAAGGAAAAUAUUUUUUUUCUUGACUUUGAAGUUUGGCGUCAUGUAUAGUUGCCUGAAAACAAAAUGGCGCAGAGUUAAAUUGAGAAAUUAAAAACAAAUUGAAAACUGUGGAAUGGAUAAAUCAUUUUAUGAAACAUUGUGUUCUAAAUAGGGGGCUGCCAAAUUUAACACGUCAAAAAAGAAGUCUUAAAAUGAUCCUGAUUCAUUAAGUUACUUGCUUUGCCCAUAUGUAUAGUUUAGGCUGACUUUAAAGAUAACUAUAGUUUAAUCAAAUAUUUAGCGUUCACAAUUAAUUAAAUAAUUGCCAUUUUACUCAAUACAAAGGAAACAUUCAGAAAAUUGAGAUCUCACUUUUACACCAGUGACACAAUAGUACACACAACAUCAACAGGCAGGAAUCAAAUAAACAAGUGACCAAAUAGUGAUAGUAAUAAAAACCAUUUAACAGUUUACAUAAUACAAAAACAUAUAAUCAGAGAAAAUAAUUGUAACAAUUAAGAACGUAUUUUUUCUUCAUUCUGAUGUUAAUGUUAUUAAGGUGCUAUCCCAUUCAGUUUCGUGAACUUUUAUAGUAUGUAAUGACCUGUACAUACUUUAUACUUACAUAUGUUCUAGAUAAUGUGCUGUGUACAUACUUUAUACUUACAUAUGUUCUAGAUAUUGUGCUGUGUACAUAUUUAUACUUACAUAUGUUCUAGAUAUUGUGCUGUGUACAUACUUUAUACUUACAUAUGUUCUAGAUAAUGUGAUGUGUACAUACUUUAUACUUACAUAUGUUCUAGAUAAUGUGCUGUGUACAUACUUUAUACUUACAUAUGUUCUAGAUAAUGUGCUGUGUAACAUCAUGUAAGAUCUAUUUAUUUCCAUUCAAACUUAAUGUUUUGUUUGUAUUUAUACGAGUGUAUCUGUGUACGCAUGAGGACAUAUGUAGAGAACUUAAACAUGCUUUGUACACAUGUAGACCUUCUUUCUAUGUGCCCCCGUAGAUCGUCUAGGAAAAAUAUACGCAUGUAGACUUAUGUAGAGAAAUUGGACUUUCUGCGUACGCAUGUAGUCUUAUGUAGAGAAAUAAUGGUUUUUCUGUGGAUACCUGUAGACUUCUGUAGAGAAACUGGACUUUCUAUGUACACAUGUAAUGUUAUAAAGAACUUUGAAUUAUCUUAAUAAGAACGUAGACAGAUUGAACUUACUGCGUUAUAUCCGAUUCAUUCAGUAGUACAUAUUUCAACAAAAAAACUCAUUUUGAAAAUACAGUUUUAUUGACAGGUAGACAUUCUAUCAGUAUCACAUUCGUUGUUUUUCAAUUGCGUAUAAAAAAUUGAUCCAACUAUUUCUAAAAAGUAUGUGAAAGAAAAUAAAAGAAUCAGCUCUACGAAGUUUUUAAAUAUUCGUUGUAACAGCAGAAACACAAAAGUAACAGCAGUAACACAAAAGUAACAGCAGUAACACAAAAGUAACAGCAGAAACACUAAAGAAUGAUGAAACUUCUUUAGGACUGCGUAUUUCAACAGUUAUAUUUUGAAAUGGUUGCUUGUUAUGGAGUGUAUGUGUGUGUUUCCAAGGUAACGAUGAGGAAAGGGAGCGUUAGUUUUCGGGGAAGUAGAAUGAUGAAACCAUGAGCUGGUCUGUCAUAAUUGAUGUUAAGAAGUCACGUGGGUGAUAGUUGAACGCAGGUCGACUCAGAGACGUUAGAGAGUAAAGACGUAUAUUUGCUGCAGUGUGUUUUGUUGAACUAUCAUUUCAUUGUGUUACUACUUGAUCUUUAGCCCAAAGUGGAAUCUAUGUAUAUUUAUAAAUAGCAUUGCUUAAUAUCAUUUGAAACAUGGAAGAUACCGUAUGAAGACAUGUUAUGAAGACAUGUUAUGAAAACAUGCUAUAAAGACAUGUUAUGAAUACAUGUUAUGAGGACCUGUUAUGAAGGCAAGUUAUAUGAUUAUUUAUGUUGUUACUUUUGAAUGUUAGAAAUUACUUAAUAUCAAACUUCAUUGCUUAAUUUUGACGUGAAAUCCAAGUGAGUGACAGAAUCAAUGUACAGCUGAAGACUGUCUAUAUGUAGUUUUAACAGUGAUGGUUCCUAUAAACUCGUCUCAUUCUUGUCUCAUACGUGUAAAUACAAUUCAAAUAACUCACUAACUAAGGUUUUACUGCCUGCGUAAAGAUAUUUACCAGCUAUGACUACUAUGUAUGUAGUUAUAGCCUAUAAUUACAGAUAUAAUCAAUAUAAAGUAUCUAAUUCCUUCUUUAUGACCCGUAUUAUCAGGUUGAAACAAAAGUUCACUGGAUGUUAAAUAGGUUCAGUUUUAUCAGCUAGACAAUGAAGUGCCUUGUUGCCCGGCCGCCUGCCACACCCCUCCCCUGCCCGGCGGCCUCUCCCCCCCUCCAGAUCCUAUUGCCUUAAUUCGCCAGUUUUUCAGCCCUCCAUAAUCCUCACUAACCUUGCAACUGUUUAACAAACAUGUGUAGAUAUUGACCACAUUAGUGAGGUUUUUAAAUUAAUGGGAACAAAAUAAUAUACACAUUUUGGGAGAAUGAUAUUUACAUUGAAAUGAACUCAACUAUUUUUUUUCUGUGGAAAAAAAUGUUUUUCACUAAACAAAGCUCUCAAACUUUAUACAACUGUAAAAAUGGAGACUUGUUGUAACAAUGGAGACUUGUUGUAACAAGCAUACUGGUAUUCAACAAACCCGGUCACAACAAAACUGUUUGCUAUAUUGGAUACAUGCCUUUAAGAGCAAAUGUUGUUUUAAAGUCUGAACACAUAAAUACAUGAACACUU